AUGGCAGAGAUGCAUAACCCCAAGGAACCGGGUGGCUCCGAAGAGGAGAUAUUUGGGGGCCAGACAUUGGCUGAGAGACACCCUGGACUCCUAAGCAAUUUGAGGAGCUCACCAGGGUGUCUGACCCAGAACCCUCUGCUUCCCCUGCUGCUCUUCAUCUCACUGGCUUUCUUCAUGCUCCAGCUGACCACCCUGGUUCAAGUUUCCAGGAUUCAGUUCCUGCAGAGAGAUUUGGGGGACCACCACGUGGAGAACAACAGCCUGGAUGAGGGGCUGGACGUCGGGUUCCGGACUGAUGUUGCACAGGGGCAGAUGCAAUCACACCUGGAGGAGAUCCUGCAGCACCUGACCUGGAUGAAUGCCACCCUGGCUGGCCUGUGCCAUCCCUGUCCUUGGAAUUGGGAACUCUUCCAGGGGAGCUGCUACUUAUUCUCCUGGACCCAGCGUGACUGGAAAUCUGCUGUCUCCUCCUGUCAGGACAUUGGGGCCCAGCUGGUGAUCAUCAAGAGUCCUGAGGAGCAGAAAUUCCUGAAGAUUUGGUACGUCAGAUAUAAUAAACCCACCUGGAUUGGCCUCAGUGACCACCACAAUGAGGGUUCCUGGAAAUGGGUGGACAACAGCCCACUCCAACUCAGCUUCUGGAAAAAAGGGGAACCCAACAACCACGAAGAUGAGGACUGUGUGGAAUUGUACAACGAUGGCUGGAAUGAUGGCAAAUGUAGCACACAAAACUCCUGGAUCUGUGAGAAGCCCUCGGCUCCCUGCCCAGCCCUCUGA